CGCCGGGCCGCCGCCUUCUCCUUCCCCUUCCCCGCCCCUCCGCCGCCGCCCUUUUGCUUUCGCUUUUCCCCCUCAGCUGGCAGCCGGCGGCGCGGCCAUGGAGAACGGCGCCGUCUACAACGAGACCACGGAGCCGCAGGCCAAGCCGCCCCGCCGCCCCUUCGGCUGCACCCUGCGGCACCUGCGCGGAUGGCGGCUGCCGGCCAAAACGCUCCAAGCGAUUCUCUCUCUUCUGGCUGUUAUUUGUGAAGAAAUUGUGGAGGAUUGUAUCAAGUGUGCUGGACUUUAUUUAUUUGAAUUCACAAGCUGCAGUGCCUUUCUUUUGAGCCUCCUGAUCCUGUGUGUGUAUUGCACUGAUGUAUACGAAACAUUUGGGGAAGAUAAAGUACAAAGAGUGAACUUUUGGGCCAUGCCAGUCAUAGGUGUCUGUUUUCUGUUAGCAUCAAUAGUACUUGCUGCGACCAGCACUGGGUCUGCUGUUGAAAAAGCUGCAUGUGUGUUUGGAUUUCUUGCAAGUGGUGCAUUUCUAGCUGAAAUUAUUAUUGAGCGUUUUCACAGUCAGAAGCAAAACGUUGAUGGAUGCUCUGAAACUCCUGGCAACACUCAGAGUGCCACGGAAAAUCAGCCAUUGAAUAAACAAAGCUAACUCACUGGAAUGACUUCAUUUUUUUUUGAAUGGAGCGAAGUAAAAUGAACUUUCAGUGCACUGUAGGUAACCACUUCUGUCUCUUCCUUCUAAUCCAUUUUGUACGCAUUGCUCAUCAUAAAUUGUUAUAGAUCCUUAGGUCAAGUAACGGCAUCUUGAGCAUCAUCUUCUAAGGCAACUGGUCCUGCCACCUGUCCAGGUGACAUACAUUAAAAAAACCUUGUGUAUAAAUAGAGUAACUUGCGGAUGACAGCGCGCUGAUUUGAUUCUGAUAGAGGUGACUAAUAAAGGUUAAUGUGUGAUGGAUAUGAAUUCUGAGCUAUACCCUAAAGAUAUUUUCUGUAUAAAUGGACCAGAUAUUUCUGUUACAAGUCCUAAGGUAGUACAGCAGAAUUCGUUCUUGUGCUUACUGGUCAAACUGUGAAUGUAAGAGAUACCUACUUGGAGCCUUACAGGAACGCUUAUCCUUAUGUAAGGGGUUUUAGUUUGUUUUUACUCUUCAUAUGUCUCAGUUCUGUCUGCGGAGCUCAGUUUAACAGAAUAGCAAGCACAGGGGUCUUACAGGGAAGGUAACGUAACGGUAUAUUAAGGAGAGAGUUUUGCACCCCAUGAUCGUCAAAGUUUGGACAUGCACGCCAGAAUCUUCUUUCACAUUUUUUUGAAAGCUAUAAAAGUUGCAGAAAGAAACUUGAAAAGCCAGCUGUGAGAGGAAGAAGAUGAACUAUAAAUAUUUUAAUGAAGUAACCCCAGAAGUAGUAAUCUGAACAUCAGUGGGAAAAAUGUUACAGCACAUUGGUACUGUCCUGGUGAAUAUUACUUGCAAGGUUACUAUCCUCUGCAGCUUGUUUAUGCAUAGUUAAUGGUAAGUUUUGCCAGAAUGGUUAUGGACCCCACCACUUUCUUUGUUUAUAAAUAUGGCACUAGCUUAAGACUUCUUGCUACUGGCUAGCUCAGUUGGUAAACAGGUAAAUAAGCACUUGUACCCUUGAUUUAUCUUAAAAGCGACAGGCUGCAGGACUGCAAGAAACACUACUGACACAACAGUGUCAGACAAGUGACACCUAUAUUAGACCAGAUGUGGAUGGCUGUAAAAGAAAUGAAGUGGUGAAAAGGGAGAAGCAAGACUGCUAGACCUUACUUAAGAGGAAUGCCUUCAAAAGUAGAGCAAAUUGCCGUAAGCCAGGAGAUGUUCCAAAAUACCAAAGUAAACGAGAAAAAGCUGAUUAUGCAAAAACAAAUCUUGUUUGAGUGCUCAUGGCAUUUACCGUGUCUUCCAAGCAUUAACUGCAUUUCAUCAAUACCUUACUCUGACAAAUUUAUAGUCCUGUAGCCUGUUGUGGCAGCAUUGAGACUAAGCCCGCCAGAAAUUGGCUGAGCAAGCUGUAUUUGGGAAAGGAUGAGGAAGCUGUUGCAAGACAAAGAACUGUAAAAGAUCAGAGUUUUUUUCCAGUGCUGCCACUUUCUGACGGAUGCGAGUUGGUGAUGUUCUCUCCCAAAGGUCUGAGUCUUAAGCCUAACACUACACUUUGCUUGGAGGAUGUAAAAUUUUGACAGGUGGUGUGAAGCAUCAGGUUUAAGCUGUAAGCUUGGUUUCAGAGCCAGGCAUAGAAGACAUACUUUUCUUCACAGACGUUCCUGCUUUGUGAAGAAGAAAUGCUCUUUGGACUGGCUCUUUUUUUCUUGUAUUUAUUACUGUCUGCACUAAAACCUGAUCUCAGUCUAGGUGUACAGAGUUUGCCGUGGCUGUCUCUGAAAACCGGGUAGCUUAGAGGUGUUCUGUUCACAGGCAGCGUUACUAGUGAUACGAAACUUGCCACAACAAGAAAUCGCUCUGCUGUGAUUUGCAGUCUCUUACUUUGGGGAUUGUAUCCGUAUCUAUGAUUAACAUUCUGAGGGAUUUUUUAUUUAUUUUUUUUUUUUUUUAUUGCCCGGGAUUCUACUGAAUUUGUUUUCAUAUCAAAAUGUCUAUAGUCUCUAAAUCUUGAUCUGUAAUUAUAUGUUGUAAAUAUAGUACAAGAGUAAUAUCAGGUGCUGCUGAUAUUUAUUACGCAAUGCAGCACCGUGACAGGACUUUUAUCUUGAGGUAAUUUUUUCUCAGCUUGAAAAUAUGUGAAUAGAGUUCUGGGCUAUGGUUGCUUUUUUCUAUAGACUUUUCCCCACCUAAAUGCUUUGUUAUUUGUUAUUCCGUUCCUGAACUGGAGGUACUGGUACCGAAAGGGAUCUGUAAAGUCACCUCUCUGCCGUGGCCGCCCUAUCUAUGAUAGCUACUGCCGAUACUUCAGAGAGAAGGUGACAUACAGAGCAAGUUCUUUUUAUGAAAAAGUGCCACAAGGAGUUGGUGUCAGCAGUGACUCUGAUCUCCUGACCGUUAGGCCUUUUGAAAGAAACACUGCCAACCUUUGCAGAACGGUUUGAUGGAUUCUCCUACUACAUACAUGCUGGCAUCCCUGGCAUGCUUUGGGUUGUUGAAGUGAGGUUUUGGCAUAUUUUUCAUUUGCAUUUUAGCUGUUCCACGUGUCACCAGCUGACCAAUCCAUGUAUAAAUUUGAAGAUCGGAUUCCAUCUCUGACUGAAAGGGAUGCAAGUGUUGCCAUCAGCUAAUGAAAACGACAAACGUCAGUCUUUGGGAGACUGGUUAGUUCUUCUCCCGUACGUCACAGGAUCAUACUAAUAGGAGGAGUCCUGCUAUUCUCUGCAACAGUACAUAUUGCUCCGCUCCAGAUGCUGGUUAGCUGGCAUUAAGUCUGUCACACAGAAGUUAAAUGCUAUCAGCAAGUCACGCUUUGGUUAUAGGUUUAAGGCAAUUGCUAAAUUGUUGCUUCCAAACCAGUUGUUGGCUAACAAAGCAGUUUCUGCACGGUGGUACUAUUAAUCCCAGGUUCCUUAGUAUGAGGAGUUCUUUUUGCUCUGUUCUGAAAUAGUUGAGAAGGUUUGCUAGUGCGGAUGCUGUUCUCUGCUUCUGUGAAGUCGUUUCCUUAACUGCUUUAUCAGCUUCCUAAGGUAAGGGGGGGGUGGGUGACCCUCCUAGCUCCUCUGCCCUCCCAGGCCAGGUGGGGGGAGAGACGUCCUUGCCGCGACGGCUGAGCAGCCUGGUCUCCUGCAGCCUUGACAUGGCCCCUUUGAUGCUUCUGCUGUCAGAUCCAGGCUUGGAGUGUCUGUCUUUUAAUUAGACCCAUCCCAGAGAAUGGCGUUGGAGCCGGAUUAAAGGUCUGGUUUUGCAGGAGCUCUGCGCAUGUGGCUGGAUGUCUCUUACCCCUCCUGUGCUCUGUCAGCAAAGCGGUCUGCUUGUCUCCCAGCCUGCUUCUGAUGAAAGCAGCCUACCUCAUUUAAACCAGCUAAUCUACAUAGUUUACACGAAGGUGGCUGAUUUUGACUGAAGUGGAUUAGGGAUUGUUCAGGAGAGUGGUGGGAGCUCUGGCAGAAGUGCUGGUACAAGCAACUGUCUUAAAUUUCUUCUUCUGUUUGCAAAGUUACCAUCUCUGUACAAUCUUAGCUGGUUGUAAAACCUGUGGAAAGAAGCAACUGGCUCAGUACUUCUACCUGGGGAUUGUCUUCUCCCUUCUUCACCAGGGUGCUUGGCAGUGGUGCUGCGAGCCUGCUCAGACACAUUAAAGGCUUUCGUCUUUUCCCUUGAGCCUGUCCAAAAUUAUUUAAAGGCUCUGCACCCACUUUCAGGCUUUGUUUACAGUGCCUUGAGAAUAGGUGCAGAAGAUUCUCUAGGACAUGCGAGGACUUGUUGUUAAGUGGCUGGACUGUGAGUUUCCCCUCUGAAAAUCUGCGCGGGCAUUGUGAAGACUGUGAAUGUUAAUUUUUGUGCUUGGCGUUUAGCCCACCUGAAAAUCACAAUUCUACCAGUGCCCUUUGGGUUCUAGAUGUGUGAAGGAAUUGUGCCUUACUGCUUGCACUCUGCGCUUAAGAACAGCGGGGAAGGCUUGUGGUCUGUUCCAGUUGAGUUCUAUGUUUGCACCCUCUAACUUGAAAAAGCAGUGAGCGCUCUCACGCGAUUCUGAGCUCUGCACAAGAUGUUUUUGCAUAAUGGCCUUGAUGGUGCUCCUCAUUUAAAUCUGUGCAAUAAAAAUACCAAGAUUUCUACACUGAAGGGAAAUAAAGACUUUGUGAAAUUUUUGAAAGGAUAUAUAAAAAUGUAACAAAUCAAGAUGCUAAUAGUGCCUGUAAGAUGGAAAUCCAUCUUUGUUUUAGUUUAUUGCUGUAAGCAUAAGCAGUUCCCUAGAUAAUAAAUUUAUGCUGUUCAGAACUAUCUCUUACUUUUAAUACCUUUGAGAAUUUAAGUGACUUGUAAUGAUUAUUAAAUCAGGAUGCUUAUACAGUGGUUUUAUAUAUAUAUAUAAAAUUAAAAUUUUAUACAGUUUUGUUGCCUUGAAUUUCCAUUUAAAUAAUUUUUAUAUGCCUAAAUAUUUUUUGCCAUUCUAAACCUGUGGUCUUUUUUAACGUAUUAUGCUUUUUUGGUCUUAAGAACUUUCUAAAAUAUUUUGUAAUCAUUUUUAAAAUAAAAUAUUAGUCAGUAACUUAA